AAGAAGCGGGGAGGAGCGGUGGGGCGCCCCCUGUCCGUCGCUCGCCCUCCCGCUGCCUCAUGACACACAGCGCGCAGGGAGGGGGAAAGGAAGAAGUGUAAAGCCCGGAUCCAUCUUCAAGAGAAAAUAGGAAAGACAGCGCGUCCCACUCUCAGCUAGCUCGUUUUCAGCGGCACUUUUUCGUAAAACAGGAGUCCGGGAGCCCGAGGAGGGGGCUGUGUCACUGUCUGUAGGAUGUCCCGACAUGAAGGUGUGAGCUGUGACGCGUGUUUAAAAGGAAAUUUCAGAGGGCGCAGAUACAAGUGUUUAAUUUGCUACGACUACGACCUGUGUGCGUCCUGCUACGAAAGUGGAGCCACCACAACUAGACACACCACGGAGCACCCCAUGCAGUGCAUACUAACCAGGGUAGACUUUGAUCUGUAUUAUGGCGGAGAGGCAUUUUCAGUAGAGCAGCCCCAGUCGUUUACCUGUCCCUAUUGUGGCAAAAUGGGUUAUACAGAAACGUCUCUACAGGAGCAUGUCACCUCGGAGCAUGCAGAGACUUCCACAGAGGUGAUCUGCCCAAUAUGUGCAGCGCUGCCUGGAGGCGACCCCAAUCAUGUGACAGACGACUUUGCUGCUCAUCUCACACUUGAACACAGAGCACCUAGAGAUUUAGAUGAGACGAGUGGAGUGCGGCAUGUGCGCCGGAUGUUUCACCCCGGCCGCGGGCUGGGUGGUCCACGAGCACGCAGGACUAACAUGCACUUUACUAGCAGCUCCACCGGGGGGCUCUCCUCUUCACAAAGCUCAUCCUACUCUCCAAGCAAUAGGGAAGCCAUGGACCCCAUAGCAGAGCUGCUGUCGCAGCUGUCAGGCGUGCGGCGCUCAGCAGGUGGCCAGCUGAACUCCUCUGGCCCGUCGGCUUCGCAGCUGCAGCAGUUGCAGAUGCAGCUGCAACUGGAGCGGCAGCAGGCACAGGCGGCCCGCCAGCAGUUGGAGACCGCACGCAACGCCACGCGCCAGCGCAGCAACCCUAGUAACAUCAACGCCAGCAUCCCACCGCCCAGCACCGCCACAAACACAGCCAUGACUGAGAGCAACCCACUGGCUUCACACAGCUCCCAGUUCCUCCUUACACGGUUGAACGAGCCGAAGAUGACCGAGAUGGAGCGGCAGGCUUUGGAGAGCGAGCGUGCCGACCGCAGCCUGUUCGUCCAGGAGCUGCUGCUUUCCACGCUGAUGCGUGAGGAGAGUUCUUCCUCAGACGAGGACGAGCGGCGAGACUUCGCCGACUUCGGAGCCAUGGGCUGUGUGGACAUCAUGCCUUUGGACGUGGCGUUGGAGAGCCUGAACCUGAAAGAGAGCUCUGCUGGCAAAGAGCCUCCACCUCCUCCUCUUUGAUGAUAUCCCACCACGCAGACAAUGUCCUCUGUGCUGUAACUGCCAAUGACGGUGGGCAAACACACAGCUCUCAUUUUUUCCCCUGGGGUUUGUUUUUGUUUUGUUUUUUUUUUUGUUUUUUUUGGUGAUUGUAAUUUCAGGUCUGUCACCUUUUGUUACAUUGUAAAAAUCCAUAAAAGGAGAGCGAAAAUGAGAGGAAAAAAUAAUCCAACAAGUGAGAACAAGUGUGUGAGAGAAUGAGAACGAGAGCGAGAGCGAGCGAGAGAGACAGUGAAAGAGAAAAAAUAUAAAAUAUUUAUAUAUAUAUAUAUAUAAAUAUAUAUAAAUAAGUUGAUAAUCAAUUCCACAUAACUAAUUUUUUUCCUUUAGCAGGUAAGCGUAGGUAGCUGUGGCAGACCUCUGCUUCCUGUGUCUAACAAAAAGGCUCUCCUUAUAAAUACUCCACAUUCAGAAACUGAAGAGGAAACUGAGUCCUUCUCUAAUGAAGCUGCUGUGUGUAUUUAUGAAUAUUAAUGAAUAAAAAGUGCUUGGAUGGUUUACCAUAACUACUGCAUGAGGUUAUUUGCAGCGUGCAUGAUUUUUAAUGACCAUGUCAUUAAAAUGGCAAAAAAAUCCCAAAGCUUUCUUUAAUUUUUUUAAGGGGGUUACUUGAACUGAACAGCGCUCUGUGAGAGAAUCUCAUGGAAUCAAAAAUUCAAUUUUUUUUCUUUUAAUUAUUUUUUUUAUUUACUGUUUUAUACAAGGACAACUUGGAAAAAAAUGGAAAAUUGGAAUCUGCAGUAGCUUCAUAAGAAAAACAAUGCAAAAAUGCUUCCCUUUUUAAAAUUAAUUAAAUUUUUAUUGAACUUUUAUUUUUUAAUCUCGAGCUGACCAGCGAAUUGCUCGGAAAACUCAAUGUAACCAGUGCUGCAAAAAACAACAGCAAAACUCAAGCAAAUUUACCAGGCUAAUAUGGUAGAGGCUGUCUUUCUUUUUUUUUUUUGCUAAAAA